AGCGACCAUGCCCCGCCUCCCCCGCGCCGCUCUCGCGCUCCGCGCCGCCACGCCCGCCGCGCCGCGCGCCCCCACACUUCUUCUCCGCCCCGCGACCGCGUCGCUCCGUGCUUCGCCGCGCCCCACCUCCCUCCUCGCCCGCCUGUCCCCCUCGGCACUCACGGCUGCACCCUCGCCCCUUGCGGCGCGCCUUUCUCCUGUGUUCGGCCAGAUUCAGGCGCGCGGCGGCGCCAUCGGCAUGUCCUACCAGCCCUCGCAGCGCAAGCGCAAGCGCAAGCACGGUUUCCUUGCCCGUGCGCGCACUCGUCUCGGUCGCAAGAUGCUCGCUCGGCGGAGGGCCAAGGGGCGCCGCUUCCUCUCGCAUUAGGUUGAUGGAAGUGAAGAGAGCACAGAAGGAGAAAGACGGGAUAUUGGGGGAAGACCUUACACGACAUGUCGGCUCCAGGCGUCCCAUCGCGGUGACAAGGUGCUCUGAGGAGCGCACAUCGCGACUUACGACCGACAAUAGACGACAUACCAGCCAGACGGCCAACCACUCUGCAUAGCAUGCAUCAUAUAGCGACUUCACCUGUGAAGACGCGUGACUAGUUUCUUAGUGGCGCCCAUGGUGUGCUUUGGUUCACACGGGCUGCCUAUCGCUCGGCGGACCUACUGUAGUCCACCCCUCAUCUUCGUUUCUGGUACAUGGGAUCCAUACUGCACAACUGGGAUAGGCACGGCGAGGCAUCUCCUGCCGCCAAAUCCGUGAAUGAGGGUCAUAUCUCAUCUCGUACUUGCUGGGGCGAGAGCCUUAGCUGUGGUGUGCUCGCCGAGGGCUUCUACCAGGCGAGUCGAGGGUGAGGCGCGGAAGCCACUCGCUGGCACUGC